GAGAAUUCAUUUGAAGUAGUGAUUGCGCACGGUGACAAUGCAACUUUUGUGAUGUACUUGUUCGAGGAGAUCGAAUCUGACAGUGGCCUCAGUGGCUUCUCGUCCGGUGUUGAAUUUUAUGAAUUACCCUUUGAAAUGUUGGCGAAUCGUUCGAAUAUUGGUGAACGGGGCAAAUGGUUGUUUCGCGUUGAUGGCGUUUUACCGUUGCACUGCCCGGCCGGUACACUGGAUCCGCCGCUUUGUCAGAAAGAGUGCGAUGCGGGCACAUGGGGAUUCCGAUGCGAGAAUAAAUGUCACUGUAGGAAUGAUAUUCCAUGCGAUUUCGCCACUGGCUUCUGCUCGAAUGCACAGUGUGCUGAUGGAUGGAUGGGCAUCAACUGCUUCGAAGGUUAG